AUGUCGUCAAACCUGUCUUCCCCUGUUAAAGGCGCCUCCUCUGAGGUUGCGGCGACGAGCUCUCCUGCUGCUGUCAACGCCACGAGCUCACCAGCAGUCCCUAACACUCCAUACUCUGCUCCUAGAACACCUGGAAGUGUUGCUGGCGUUCCGAGGACCCCCAGGAGCAACAGCGCGAGAAGGAGUGCGUCUGUACAGCCCAGCCCUUCUCGGUCCGAUCUUGGCAGAAGAGGACAGCAGAUCAGGGCGGAUGCGGGCAUCGAUGCCACAUCUGAGAAUCCUAGAACAUAUAUCUGGGGCACAAAUAUUGAGGUGCAGGCAACUAAAGAGGCUGCGAGGAGAUUCUUCACGCAGUACAAGCGACCCGGAUCAACAGAAAAUCUUUAUAUCCAACUCUUGCAGCAGGCUCAUGCACGCAAGACAUUUUACAUCAACUUAGAUUGCAGACAUGUCUUCUCUUUCGACGGCUCGCUCUACGACAAGCUUGUACAAUACCCAACGGAAACUAUCACCAUCUUCGACGUGGUCAUGAGCGAACUGCAUGCGGAAUUGACCGCGGACGACCCCGACGCUUCGUCCCUCUCGAUGCAAGUCCGCACGUUCAACCUCAUCGACACGGCCGUCAUGAGGAACCUGAACCCAUCGGACGUGGACAAGCUCGUCUGCCUCAAGGGCAUGAUCAUCAGGACCAGCGCUGUGGUCCCGGACCUUCAGCGAGGGUACUUCGAAUGCCUCACCUGCCAGGCAGCGGAGGAGGUGGACAUCAUGAAUGGCCGUAUCCAAGAGCCCACGAGCUGCAAGUACUGUAAGGCGUCGAACUCGAUGGAGCUCAGGCACAACCGCUGCCUCUUCAAGGACAAGCAGCUGGUGAGGCUGCAGGAAAACCCGGAGGACAUCCCACAGGGCGAGACUCCGAUGACUGUCAACCUCUGCGUGUUUGAGGACCUUGUGGACGCGGCGAAGCCAGGAGACAGGAUGGAGGUCACUGGCAUCUAUCGCGCGCAGCCAAUUCGCACGCAGAGCAGGACGAGGACGUUGAAGUCAGUGUACAAGACGUACAUCGACGUGAUCCACUUCAAGCGGACGGAGAAGUCGAGGAUGGGAGAUUCUUCGUUUUCCACGGACGAGCUGCAGGAGGACAACCGCCUUGAGAAGGAGAUCGAGCAGAGAAAACAACGUGCGUUGAAGCUCGCGGCGGACCCUAACAUCUACCAGAAGCUCAUCGACUCCUUCGCUCCAAGCAUCUACGAGAUGGAUGAUGUCAAGAAGGGCCUCCUCUGCCAGCUCUUCGGCGGUAGCAACAAGUCCUGCAAGGGCGCCUCCUCCGGCCGCUUCCGAGGAGACAUCAACGUCCUCCUCGUAGGAGACCCCGGCGUUUCCAAGUCCCAGCUCCUCCAGUACGUCCACAAGAUCGCCCCCAGGGGGAUCUACACGUCGGGUAAGGGAAGCUCGGCAGUGGGUCUGACGGCCUACGUGAAGAAGGACCCGGAGACUAAGGACAUCGUACUCGAGAGCGGGGCCCUGGUGCUCAGCGACCGAGGCAUCUGCUGCAUCGACGAGUUCGACAAGAUGUCUGAGUCAGCGCGUGCGAUCCUGCACGAGGCGAUGGAGCAGCAGACUAUCUCGGUGGCCAAGGCAGGGAUCAUCUGCAGCCUCAACGCCAGGACCUCCAUCCUUGCGGCCGCCAACCCCAUCCAGAGCAGGUACAACCCGCAGCUCUCCGUGGUGGAGAACAUGAAUCUUCCUCCCACGCUGCUGUCAAGGUUCGAUCUCAUCUACCUGGUCCUGGACCAGCCGAACCCAACGACGGACAGGAGGCUGGCCAAGCAUCUGGUGUCGCUCUACCUCAAGAACCCUCCUCGCCUCGCCCAGUCCAUCCUCUCCCUCGAGGAGUUCGCGGAGUUCGUGUCCUACGCCAGGAACGAGUGCCAUCCUGUCCUCAACGACGAUGCCAAGACGGCGCUCAUCGACGGCUACGUGCAGAUGCGGCGCAUGGCCACGAGCAGGAACACCAUCACCGCCACCCCCCGUCAGCUCGAGUCCAUCAUCCGCCUAGCAGAGGCGCACGCCAAGAUGCGCCUGGCUAAUGAAGUGGAGACGAUCGACGUGGAGGAGGCGAUGAGGCUGCUCAGAGUGGCGACCCAGAGCGCAGCAACGGACCCGAGGACGGGAAGGAUCGAUAUGGACUUGAUCAACACCGGACGCAGCGCCUCCUCCCGCGUCCGUAUCGCCCAGCUGGUCAACAUGCUCAAGCAGAAGCUCGUCGAGCGGCUGGCAACGGGGACGAUGAGUUUCCAGUCGCUGGUGGAGAUGGUGCAGGAGGAGAGCUCUGUGGAGAUCUCCACCCAGGAACUGCAGGCUGCUAUCCGCCAGCUCGCAGACGAGGAUGCGGUUGUAACUUCCGGGCAUGGCCACCACAUGACUCUUGCAAGAGCGCGAUAA